UUUCUCCUCGAUCACUUGCCAGCAGACAACACACGAAAACAGAAGGGUUUUAGUCCAAUCCCCAUUGUCUUUUUUAUCUCCGGAUUUUCUCUCAAAAAAAGUUAGUUUCCCUUCCUAUCUCAAUAAUCACCCAUCCUGCAAAUAUUUAGUAUUUUUAUCUCAAUAAACAUUUAUCUCAUUUUUACCUCUCUCUACGCCCCUGCGAUCUGUAUCACCAGUAACCGUUAGGGAGAGAGCCUCUUCAGUUCCUUUGCAUUUAAUUUGUCCAGCUUGCUGUGAAGAGAGAGUAAGAUGGGGAGGAGGAUAUUGAACGAUGCCUUGAGGGCAAUAGUGAACGCAGAGAGGAGAAGUAAAUCUACCGUGGAGUUACAGCCCAUUUCUACUGUCAUGUCUUCUUUUCUUAAGAUCAUGAAAGACAGGGGAUAUAUAAAAAACUUUCAUGUUUACGAUCCACACAGAGUGGGAAGGAUAACUGUUGAAUUACAAGGCAGGGUUACUGAUUGUCGAGCUCUCACUUACAGGCAAGACAUUAAGGCAAAGGAUAUAGAAGCUUACAGGUUGCGGAACCUUCCUACACGCCAGUGGGGUUAUGUUGUGAUCACAACUCCGGAUGGUAUAUUGGACCAUGAAGAGGCUAUCAGUCGGAAUGUGGGAGGUCAGGUUCUUGGUUAUUUUCACUAGAUGUGUCUUCUGUGUCAUCUUUUCAGAUUGUGAGAACUUGGAAGCACAGAAGGACCAUGAUGGUUCUUGUUUUCUUUUCUUUUUAUGAAGGGUAAAUUAACUUUCAAUUGAAGCCCGUCUCUCCUCUCUCUUUUAAGUGAAAUGAGUUGACUUUAGCUGUAUCAAUUAUCAAAAGUAACAGUCAAGGGCUCAUUUAUCAUGUGGUCAAGUUCAGACUUUGCAACGCCUAGAUGAUAUCAUGGAUGUGGCAAAACAUGUUGCUUGAGAGAUUCAGUAAGAUCGAUCCAUGAAACACUAAGGAAAUUAGCUU